GGGGCGAGCUGAAACUUGCUUCGCCCCGAUCAGAGCAUGCACCCAGCCCAACGCUUCAGCUUGAUGCCUUGAUGGCAGUACUUGUAGAUGGCUUCUGCUUUGCCAGGAACUUUUUGCUUCUGCACGCCAGAACCAAGCAACCAAGCCUCCUUGCCACAGUAAUCAAAUUGUGCGAAAGCCGGAACCAAGCUCCCAAGUCCUUGACCCGUCAACCCGGGUCACCCACCCCGAUCCUUCGCGCCUCGCGCCUGCGCGGCUUUGCAGUGGCUCGGUUUCUCCGGAUGGAGCAGCUGCCGAUCGCCAGCUUCCGGGGCCCCGAGGUGAAUCUGCCCUGGACGGAGCUCCCGGCUCUGUCCGUGGACCUGCGACUGGAGGAUGCGGCCCAACGCCUGCAGAGCGUGCAGGCGGAGCGGCGCAAGGCGGAGGAGGCGGUGGAGCGGCCCAACGAGGCCAUCGGCGCGCUGCUCUUCGGGGCGCUGAACGGCGCGGACGCGCGGCGGGGCGGCAUGAGCUCGGCGCGGGCGGCGGAGGCCCAGCGCCUGCUGAAGCUGCAGAAGGACCGGAGGUUCCUGGAGCUGAAGGAGGCUUAUGAGAAGCUAGAUGAGUCCUUGCUCUCCGAGAAGGACACGUCCUUCUUGGGCACCCGGGCGACCAAGUCGACGUGGUACCGGGUCUUGCGGCAGAACGUGCGGAAGUUGAUGGACGGGGUGAUGCUGAGCCGAAAUCCGGAAAGCGCGGAGCGGCAGCUGGACGAGACCUACCGAUGGUACCAGCAGUCCAAGGGCCCCCACGCGGCGGUGGAGUCGGGCGGCGACUUCCACGACUUCUGCGGCAAGGAGCGGCUGGCGCUGCCGGGCUCCGCCUUCUUCAGCCGGGACGAGGAUCCCAGCACCGCCGCCUCCGUCACCGAGGUGUCUGCAGCCCUGCCAGUGGUUGCGGGCCGUCCAGCCAUUCAGGUGCACUUGGCCUCGCCGAGGGAGCGCCUGAAGGACUUCAGCACCCGGCAGAUCGCGCGGCCUUUGACAGCCAGGAAGCUGAAGGACUUGGGAGACCGCACAGACCAUGAGAUGCGGCCACAAACGCCUUCUACCACAUCAGGGGGCUUCACGGCGCGGUCGCUGGUCUCCGCAUCGACCCCUGGCCCGACAGCAGUUUCGCGGCCGGCAUCGGCGAUGAGCACCGCUCGCAGCGCCAUCAGCGGCCGUUGCGCGACGCCUCGCACGGCACGGCAUCGGCCUCAGUCGGCCUCAUCUGUGGGCUUGCCGGGGACCCUUGAGGAGCAGGAUGCCUACGGUGAGAGCUUGGAUGACUACGUGAUGCCAUAUCCUGCCACGGAAGCGGAGCAGAGAAUGGAGAAGCGAUGGCUCCUCAGAAGAAACCGGGCCAUCACGGACAAGGUCUUGGGGGAGGAGCAGCAUGCGGCAGUGCGCGACUGGGCGGAACGACGAGCGCGGGUGGAAGAGGAGAUCAGCCGAAACACAGAGGCGACGCGCUUCCAAUGUGCCCUUGCGAGGAGGAGAUACGUUGAGCCGCCUGAUGCGGACGAGGACAUCGAAGCGACGGUGGAUGGCGUGCAGAGCGCCCGGCCUGCCACUUCCAGCGGGCGCAGGAUGAGCGAGCCUCCUCGCAUUGAUGUCACCCAGCCGCGGACCAGCCUUCAGGUGACUACCCGCUUUGCGGAUGAGAAGGUCCAGCCGAGAUCUCUGAACUCCAGGAUCGCGCACCUUCGGCGAAUACACGCGCACCUGCUGGAUGCCGAAUACAACGCCAGCGAUGCGGAUGAGCCCGAAGACGAAGUCAAUGGCGUAGACUGCGAGUUGAGCGCAUACGCCAAGCAAGAUGACGGCCGAUGCGCCCCUCGCAUGAAGGACGAUUCAGAUGUUCUUGCCGGUGUCUGUGAUUGGUGGAAGGCUCUCCAGGCGGAUGCUUCGCCUGAGACGAGCGUCACACUGGAUGAGAUACGCUUCAACCAGUUGCAGGAGGUGGAAGAGAUCAAGCGUGUGUUUGCCCGCAGGAGCGUUCCCAUGAACGUGGGUGUUCUGGAGAGGGCCCUGGUGAUGCCGGCGCACAAGCUGAAUCCUGGCCACCUGAACGGCAUCUACCUGGUGAAUACCAAGCCGGACCUGCUGUCCAACCCCUUUAUGGCCAAAAAGAAGAAGCCGAAGAAGAAGAAGCGCGGCAAGAGCGCAGGCAAGGGCAAAGGCAAUGCGAAGUCGAGCGCGAAAGGCAAGAAGAAAUGACUUCCGUGCGUGCUGCGUGUGGUUGCCGGGACUGCCUGGAGAGUGCAUGAGAUGUUUGGACCUGUAUUCGCUUGUGCUUGACUGUGAAUUGCUCUGGCCGACUUGGUUUGCCUCAGCACAGGCGUGGCAUCAUUGUUUCAGGGCCGAGCCCGGAAAGCACCAUGUCUGCCUGAUUGUCAACACCACCUUGCCUGGGCGGAUGGUGUGUUCCAGCUGCAUUUGCUGCAUUCUUUGAAUGGAAGCUUUUACAUGAGGCCUCAGAAACUUGAGAGCAACUCAUGGUUACAACCUAUUGUUGCAAGUAGCAAUGAUC